CGAAAGUAUAUAGCCCUUCCAGGAAACCGGUGUACUAUCAUGUGAUAGCGCUCAAUCUCACCGAUAUUCUCCGGCCCAACAUUCUGCAUUUAUCUACUGACUAUCUUAAGGACAGUUGCAGUUGGAACUCGCAAUGUAGGCCAGCAUAGCACAGCACCGUCAUGGCCAUCACAGUGGAAGAUGUCACCAAAGUACCCUUCUACAAUUUCCAUGACCCUAUUCCAUCACCACCAUCCCCCUUAACACGUAAACUUCCAACUUUCAAACCAACACUUCCUAGUCUUUACUCAUCUACUAUACUCCUAGAAUAUCCAGAGCCAGCUGCAGUUCCAGCUCCAACUGAACUUAACCACCCAACAUCACCACCACCAAAACCAAACCUCUUCUUAACUCUUCCCCCAGAACUCCGUCUCCUCAUCUACACCCACCUCCUAACCAACCACGACCACGACCACCGAGCCCUCUCCGUCACCAACAACAUCGCCAACAACCGACCACAAUUCUCAACCCAGAACCCAAUCCACCUAUACCACCCACACCACCACAGCAACAAGAAAAACAACCUCCACCCUUCAAUCCUCCUAACCUGCAAACAAAUCCACGCCGAAGCCCUCCCCAUCCUCUACACGCACAACACCUUCUCAACAACGCACCCAACCCAACUCCACCACCACAUCACUUCCAUCGGACCGCUCAACACCUCCCUCCUCCGCUCCCUCCACAUCUUCGUUCCUUGGAGUAACUCCAGCUCCACCAUCUGGUCAUGGAUCGUCCUCCUCCACAACCUCUCCGAGCACGCGACCGGUCUAAGAUAUCUGGAAAUAGGAUGGGACACGAACAUCCCCUGGCUCACGCACAUGGAACCAGGCGAUGAGGCGAGAGGCCUCGGGGAUAAUAUCCUCUUUGUGCAUGCGUUGGCGAGGCUGAGGCAGUUGCGGAAGUUGAGGAUCUAUGGGUUUUUUGGGGUGGAGUGGCCGGGGUAUUUGAGGAGGGAGUUGGGAGGUGGUGGGACGGUCGUGGAGGUUGAGUGUGGGUUACUUAGGCCGGUGGUGUUGGAGCACUUGGAUGGGGGAGGAGAUGAGGUGGGUGGUAGUAGUAAUAGUAUGGGUAGGGGGGCUUUGGAGAAGGCGAGGGUGGAGUGGAAGGAGAAUAUGAAGGCUUUUGGGCUGUUUCAGAGGGGGACGGUGGGGAUUGUGCCGUAGGGAAGGUGCUUAAUUAUUGUGUAAUUUGGGAAGUUAAUAUAGUGUACU